CCCCACCUAUGGGGCAAAGUGGGGUAAACUGUAAAUUUUUUACAUCCUUUUAAAUUUCAAAAAAAAAAUAUUUUUUUAUUUUCAUAAUAAAUGCUUAAUCAAUAACCAUAACCUAAAGAUUGAGUAAACAAAAUUUGAAAGAAAAAAAUUGAUUUUUAAGUAACUUACAGCCUUACAGACACUAGCGUCCCCACUUUGCCCCAUGCUCCCCUACCAUCGUUUUUAUAUAAAUUUAUACAGACAGUGAUGUAUCUAUGGUGGUCCAGGACCCCCAGAACCAAUUAAUAACAAAAAAAGAUAACUGAAAUAGUAAAUACUGAUUAAUAAUUAUAUUGAAAUAUUAAUUUUAUAUUACGCAUUUAUUUCUGAUACGGCGUUACGUUACGCUCGAAUGUUACAACGUGUGUAAGCCUGCAGGUUAAUCACUUGUAUUUAUAUUGUAGCCAAUUCACCGUUGUUGGCUCCGAAAAAACUUCACAGUAUAUAUAUAUUAUUUAAUAGUAUAACUAUAAGUACUAUUAAAUAUUAAUUACUAUUACUACGAUGUGCUGAUGAACCACGACGAUUCCCGUGGUCUUAUAUUUUUAUUUUGUACACUCUACCUCGAUCUCCUAACUUAUUAUUAUUAUUGUGCAUUUUUCAUAUUUAUAUUACAUUGUCUUUAGGAUAUUUGUUAAUUAUAAUAUCAUCUUAUGUUUUACUAUGCACUUGUUGUAUUUUGCCUUAUAUUGUGCAGCCAAUGGCAUUAUUAAUUAUUAAGGUUUUUUUCUUUUGUUAUUUUUGUUAUAAAAGGCGUUUUUGGUCGAAUUCAUUAUUCAUUGUUUUAUAUCAGAAUAGGUAUACACGACGGAUGUAUUACGUUGCAUUUUCAUCCGUGGCGGAAAACAGCGGAUUUACUGAUUAAGUAGAGCUCCGAUUUCUAUGUAAUUGCAUAUUUUUUUCCUUUUCACAUUUUUGUCAGUAAUAUUUACAAAUCAUAGUUUGGUCGUUUGGAGUUACUGGUGAAAUCUUUUUUUACAUAUUUCUGCAUAUUUAAUGGUUAUUGGCUAUUGCAUAUUUUUACGAAAUUUAAAAUUUUUAUAUUUUGUAUGUAAUAAUAAUGUUAGGUAUCCCUAACAACCACGGUUAUGCAUAAUAAUUAUUAUUUAUAAUAAUUUUUACUUAACAAUUUCAUUGCUUAUAAGUUGUAACAUUGAUUAUAUUAUUAGUUAAACUGUUGUCGUUGUCUGUCAAUAAUACAAUGUUAUCCCGUCCGGCGUCUUCAUUGUCGGAAUGUCGACCAGGAACCGGUCAUGAAGGCGUGUUGCCCAAUCUGAGACCUAACUCUAGGCUGUCUAGACCACAGUCAAGAUUACCUGAUAUUUCUAUGUGCACAGAUUUACAAAAAAUAUGGGAAUCUAUAUCAAACGAAAUUGAAAAUAAUAUGAACAAGGAUGAAGGAACAUUAUUAAAAGAUAUUGGAUACUUCACUGUGGCAAAAUGGGGUAUCCACCAGAGUACUGUUAGAAAGCCUGUAUUCAUCAUCCAAGAACAAAUAGCCAAAGAUUUUAAUUUAAAGAGAUCAAGGCCAUAUAAUUCAGGAAUUAUACAAGAACGCUGCUUAAAUUUUUCGGUGAUUGCACGUAAUUGCAAUUUAAACGUGGAUAUGGUAAUUGACUACUAUAAAGAAGUAGUUUCAUCCUUUAAAAAAUUAUUAAGCGAAGGCAAAAAUUGUGAGCUUCCUUUCCCAAACAUCGGCAAAAUUAGAAUAAAAAAUAAAAUUAUAACAAUGAAUUUUUAUCAAGAGUUCUUGGAAAGACAAAGUAAAAAUUUUAAAAACCAAAUUGUGGCUCGGGAAAAAAAUCAAGCCAUUUACUAUGAUCCCGAUUGGAAUACAAAUCAAUUUGAAAAUCGAAAACGACCGUGCUCAGCGAUGUCAACAAUAAUUAGUCGUCCGGCGUCUUCAUUGUCGAAUUAUAGACCAGGAACCGGUUAUGUAGGUGUGUUGCCCAAUCUUAGACCUAACUCUAGUCUGUCUAGACCACAGUCAAGAUUGGCAAUACAGCCCCAUAAAGAACCGAUAAGUAGACCUUUGACCGGGACGGUUGUCCAGUCACCAGAUGAUUCGAAAAUUGAAAAAACCUCAUUUAUAUACGAUAGAGAUGAAACCCUCUGCCAUAAAUGUAAUAUUGGAGAAUAUCGUUUAAGACAAAUCGAUAAUAUAACACCUAAAAAAAAUGUAUCAAGAGAUAUAUUUAUGAAAGGAGCUGAUAAUAUAAUCAAUGGACAUUUAAACACGGAAACUCUAAAUAAGCGUAAAGACCAACUAAAGCAAACAUCCGACUAUAACUAUAAUACUGCAAAAGAAUUAUUAAAUUCUAUUGAAAACGAAAAAAAUAUAAAUCGUAAAAAAAAUGUUGACAGUUAUAUUUUGAAAAUAAGACCAGCAAGUAUUAAUAUUGAAAAAAAAAAUAACUUCAAGCAAUCAUUAUUAGAUCAAAUAAAAUGUAAUAAAAUUAAAAAAGAAACAGACAAAAUCGAAUCUUUAAAAAAUGAAAAACUGAUGCAAACAGAAUUGUCAAAAAGUCUAUAUGAUGAGAUAAAAAGAAAUAUAGAAGCAAGAAAUAGGUCAAAAAAAAAAUAUUCAUGUAUCAUUGAUGAAUACCUGAAAAAAAAAAAUCAAUUUACAGAAGAACUUAAAAAAAAAGAUAUAACAAUACCACUGAAUAAAACAUUUGUUUUCGGUCCUGAUCCAGCUAAAUUACAAAAAUUAAACAAUUGCGGUGAACGUAAACACGUUUUUCCAAAAUCUGAAGAUGAUUUUAACAUUUGGUUGCAACGUUGCUGUAAUGAAAAAUUAUUUAAUUUAGACAAAUGUAUUGUCCGAAGUCAUUAUGCAGUGUGUCAUAUACAUUUUGACCUGUCAUGUGAAAGUCCAGGCACAAAAAAAUUAAAAAAAGGGUCGUUACCUACUUUUGUAUCUACCAUCAAGUACUUAAUAACAAUAUGA